AGUUCUUCGCGUCCCUGCGUCCUGUAGUUCGCCUACGGAGUGCUCGUGCUCUUCUGAUUGGGCACACGACGAAUCAUUGGCGCAUCAGACGCGAUUGAUCAUAUUUCUGCUGUCCUUCCUUUGGCGUCUUUGAAUUCGGUGCACUGUUGAAGUCUCCAUCGCGAUGCCUCGUAAACGUGCAGCCAUUUCUAAGGACUUUCCACCCGUGCUCUCGCCUGCGGAGAAGGCCUACGAAGCCCAUAUUUCUCUUCUAUAUUCCUCGACGAAAACAUUUGACCUGCUCUGUCUUCCAGUUGAACUCUUCGACAUCAUCAUAUCUCUGUUUCCAGACGUGUUGUCAAUUCGUCCUCUGAAGGGUACCUUGCUCGAGAAUGAAUAUGGUCAAAGGGGACGCGUUCUUCGCGCUCUGUCACGGGUGUCGCAUGCCUAUCGGGCUGUCUUCCUCCAUAAAGCUUGGGAACGGCUCGAGGCAGUUGUCUACGACGAAACCAGGACAAGCGAGAAUUGGUGGAUGCAACUUGGGAGGAAACUUGAACGAGUUAGUAAUGGACUCGCGAAUACACCUGAAGUUGCUCGCCAUGUGAGGAUUGCAACAGUCAACCUGUCAAAAUAUUCUUCCAAAACUGUCCUUCCAGCAUUCGCGCACUGUCUCGAACGACUUCCCAAUUUGCACACACUACAAGUAGUCCAUGCCUCAUCAAGCGUAUCGGCUGGCAUUCAUAGUACGUUCCGGGACAUCAAGCUUCCUCAGAUCCGCAAUGUCUCCAUGCCUUCCAGUGCACGAGGGAUUCUUUCGUCAUGUUCUGAAGUUCGUUGCGUGACAUGCAGAGAUGACGAUGGAGGGCCUUUGGUUUGGGCUCUGAGGAAUGCGUGUCCGAAGCUUGAAGUUCUGCGUGGUAUCACGCCUAAUGCAACUACAGCGAAUCGACUUGCAUCAGUAGCAGCCUUACGCAAACUCGAGAUCAACGCCCGCAAGACCUAUUUCGAACCGUACAGUCCACAAGAAUGGGUAGAAACGACAAUAGUCACAAUUAGGGAUCUUCGAAACUUGAGAAGUUUGCGUACGUUGAUCAUGUGGGUGGACGUCGAAGAGAGGAGCGAUCUCAAGUAUCCGUCAAAGAGAAAGAUUGAAGCGGCUCGUCAGGCUUUGCGAGAGACUGCUGCACCUCUACCGAAGUUACUUGUUGUCAGAUGGUGUCAUACUAAAGGCGUUGUAAAGGAGGAGCGAAUCAACAUUGAAUGAGUAAGCUAGAAUUAACAGUUUUCCUAUUGUUCUACGCUUCUCGCGCCAAUGUGAUGGCAAAGGUACUUGAUUUUCAAAUCAAUGUAUAGUCUAUAGCUUGAAUGCUAUAUUCCAGUAUCUAAAUGUCUGGAAUGAGACUACUUAUUCAGGA